UUGUAGCAAGCAAUCGCUCAGCGCUCUAUUCGCUAUUCAAAAUGGCGACCGUGUGGCGUUCACAGUGCGCGUUUGCACGAAUUUUUGUUGGAAAAACCGGGUUGAUCCUGAACAACACUGCUGAUUUGGGUACAAAAGUCGCCCCGAAGUUUAUAUCGGUACAAACAUCAAAUAGAAAUUAUUCAAAUUAUGCUCAUUCUCCAUUUGUGGAAAAAAUUAAAGAACAAUAUGAUUACGAGAUAGUAAAAAACCCACCCGAAUGGAAAUACGUAGAAAGGCUUAUGCCUUUUGAAAGCAUUCCCAAAGUGACGCCUAAGGAGUCGUAUCCUUCGGGAUGGAUCCCACCAAAAGAAGAAGCUAACAAUUUACCAUUCUUUAUUCAAAGAACGAAAAACCAUGAACUUCCCAUCUACUUAGGUAUAACUUAUAGAGGGAUGCGAAAAAUAUCAAAAAUAAAAAAAAUUGAAGGUGAUAUUUGGUUAAUGAAUGAUGAAAUUAAAGAUUAUCUGAAGAAGAGAUAUAAUAGAUAUGUUGAAACAAGAGUUCAUGAAUUAGGCAAAUUUAUUGAAGUUAAGGGUGACUUUGUUAACGCUUUAUCAGAAUGGGCGUAUUCAAAAGGAUUUUAAAGUAGUUCGAUAGUAAAAUAAAAAUUGUAGAUGAA